CAGACCUCUUUGAGAAAAACAUUGCUUGCCUGUGACAUUGCAUCGACGCCAGAGCUUCUUGCCGCAAAUUUUGUCAUCAUCAGAAAGGAGCUGGAACGUAAAGCGGAUAAACAUCGUCAUUAGUGUUGUAUUUUCAAACACGAGGAGUCAGCGUAAUUAUAUACCCGCGUGUGUGACUAAGCGAAAAUGGCUCAAAAAUUGGAAGAUGUACGAACAUCGAUUGAGAAGUCAUUGAAAGAUGAUUCCAAACCGUGGACACCGGCAUUCAAGCUAGCUGAAGAGAAAUCUGGCGUUCCUAGGCUUUACAUUUUUCUGGGUUGUGUUGCCAUAGUGGUUCUCUAUUUAGCCUUCGGCUAUGCUGCACAGAUUCUCUGCAACGCGAUUGGGGUGGCCUAUCCAGCGUACAUCUCAAUGAAAGCGAUCGAAACCCGCACCAAAGAAGACGACACCAGAUGGCUCACCUAUUGGGUUAUUUACGGUGUGCUUUCUGUAUUUGAGCAUUUCUCUUUCUUCCUGGUGCAAAUUAUUCCGUUCUACUGGCUGCUGAAGUGCAUUUUCUUUGUUUGGUGUAUGGUACCGAUCGAAAACAACGGAUCGACCGUCAUGUACAACAAGGUUAUCCUGCCUUAUUUCAGGAAAUAUGAAAAAAGUGCGGACAAUUUGAUUGGUCAGGCCACUGACAAAAUCAAGCAGGUAGCCGGUGAUGUGAUCUCCAAAAAGUUGUCUUAAAUAUUCAUCUAGUGUUAGUAAUCUAAUGUUUGUGGCAAAAUUCACAUUUUUUGCGUUUCUGAGAGGGCUUACCCAACCGUUUAUAGUCUUUUUUCAUUCGUCACAUUGCCUGUUUUAUCAGUUCUAUUGUACACACCGCAGGAUAUUGCCUUUUAUUUGUACGCGCCUGCGCCGUUUUAACUUUUCAUAAAGUAUGUGCAUCUUUCCGCUUUACAUUUUCAAAGUUCAACACAUAAAAUGUACCAUAUGUUUGAAGCAACAGGAGAACUAGUUUAAAUUCUAGUGAUUAGACUGGAGAUAUGGUUAAGUAGAAGAUACAAUACAAUCAACAAACGGAAAUCGCUUGGAAAAAGGGACAGCACAUCUAGAAACAUUAGAUAUUUACAAGCACAGUCACAGGCUUAUUGAUACAGAUAAAGGAUACUGGUUAGCCAUUAUUCACUUAAUCAACAUUCAAAAAACAAGACAUACACAAAGAACAGCGUUGUAAACAAAACUGGAACACGGAGAAAGACGCGAAAAGCAUGUUCGAUAUUUUUUAGAAACUUCUGUAAUGAAUAAAAAAAGGUUAAAAACAAA